AUGAUGUCCGCUCGUGUCGCCCGCGCCGGCCUGCGUGCCACCCAGCAGUUCUCCGUUCCUCGCGCUGCCGCCCUGAACGGCCUGAGGACCUAUGCCACCCCGGCCCAGGAAGUCAAGCCUCCUGUGUCCCUGUUCGGUGUCGACGGUACCUACGCUACUGCUCUGUACACUGCCUCGACCAAGGCUGCCGCUCUCGACCAGACCGCCAAGGCCCUCACCACCCUCGGUGAGACCCUCAAGGCCGACCGCAAGUUGACCGGCAUCAUCUCCGCGCCCACCCUCACCGUCAGCGACAAGCAGCAGAUUGUCCAGGAGCUGCAGAAGAUCUCCGGCGACAAGGGCGACGUCGUCAAGAACUUCCUCGAGGCUCUCGCCGAGAACAACCGUCUCGGUCUGCUUGAGGGUAUCACCGAGAAGUUCGCUACCCUCAUGGGUGCUCACCGUGGUGAGAUCGAGCUGAACAUCACCUCUGCUCAGGAGCUCGACAACAAGACCCUCAACCGUCUCGAGAAGGCCGUUGCCAAGUCCGAGGUCAGCCAGGGCAAGAAGCUCAAGGUCGUCUCCAAGGUCAACCCCGACCUCGUCGGUGGCCUCGUCGUCGAGAUCGGUGACCGCACCAUCGACCUCAGCGUUUCGUCCAAGAUCGCCAAGCUGAACAAGGCCCUCACCGAUGCUUUGUAA